AUGGACUACCGCUCCUCCUAUCGCUCCCACGACCGUGCUGGUCCAGGAGCGCCAGACACUUAUCCUCCCGCUACUGCCCACUACAAGCGUCCUUCAGAUGACCAUGACUCUUACGACCGUUCCAGGAAACGUGGUCGCUCGCCAUCACCAUCCUACUAUCGCGAUGACAGAUACAAUGACUAUCCUCCUGCUGACCCUUGGGACCGCACACGCGACUAUCGCGACCCAUCUCCUUAUGCAUCUCGAUCUGCAGCUUACGACAACUACCGUCCAUCUGAAGCCUACGACGACCGCUCCGAACGUGGUCCAGCUCUAGAGUGGCAACGAUGCUACCGCGAACGAGAUCAAAGAGAGCAGCACGACUAUCGACCUGCUUAUGACGACCGCGAACGCUACUCGGCUCGAUCUAGGUACGAUGACUCGCCUCCUUCCACCGACCGUCAUCGUAGUGACCGCGAACCACCUUACCCGUCUUAUGAUUCGCAGUAUCGCAGAGACGAUCCCGCUCAUGCUUUGGACCGAGGCGCAAGCGCCUCAUUCGAUCCGCACCCUCUUCCCGACCCUAUGCAGUGCGACUCUCUCCUGCCUUUCCGUCAAUAUGCUCAGAUGAUCAAGGCUGCUCAUCCAUCCGCCCGUGAUCGUUCCAUUGACCCACCCAGCACACAGGACAUCUACGAUGGCUACCAGUCCUACAAAGCUGCUUUCAACAAAAAGGCAAUUGCUGUCUUCUUCGAGCAGCGAAGCCAUGAAGCUUGGUUCAAGGACAAGUACUCCCCCGCCGAGCCCUGGCUCAGUGCCCGUAAUGAACGAAAGCGAGCGGCUCGUGCUGGAAAGAAGCAAGCUUGGCUCCAGGAGCUCAACGACGGCAAGCUGGACAAACUCAACUACGAUAUUCAGGAGCAAGCUCACGAUGCCUCGCGCCGCAACCAAUCAGACUCGUACGACGGCGACAAUUACGACAACUACAGAGCAGGCCGUUCUGAAGCCAUUGAUGUUACACUCCUCUCGCGCUACGGAGAGCCUGAAGCGUUGCAUGCCGAACAAGCCACCAUCCCUGCUUGCAACCAUCAGAUCCUCGUCAAGACCUUCCCCGCUGAUCUGGAAAGAGAGAAGCUCGAGCAAGUGCUCAAGUCCAAGCCAGGCUUCCGCUACCUCGCUCUCGGAGAGCCUCACGUUACCAAGCGUUGGCAUCGUGUUGGCUGGGCCAUGUACGACCCUCAGACCGACAUGGAGGACACGCUCAAUGCACUUCAGGGCACAGAGAUUGAUGGCUUCACCCUCAAUCUCGCCCCUUGCUCCAAGCCUACUUCCAGCAAGCUUCGUACAGUGCCCGAAUACGCCAACUCCUUCCAUCGCCUACUCACCGACAUUGAGCAUUGCAAGCAGCUUCUGCAACGUUUCGAGAUUGAAGAUCGCCAGCUUCUCUUCCGCCAGCAGGCCGAAAGCAAUGCAGCAUCCGGGACCAAGACAUGGCUCGAGAUCAGCGGUUCAGAAGCUAUCUUGCAGCGAAUCAAGCAGACCGAGACUGAUCUCACCGACGAUGAUCUCGAACGUGGCUACGAUGCCGAGGAGCAUGUGGAGAGGCGAGAGCAGCGAAGAAGAUGGAUCAAGAAGCUUCUCGACUUGCACCUUGACUUGUUGCGCACUGUCUACCACUGCGACUACUACAUUUCCCUCGUUUGCGAAUUCGAGCAAGAGCUUUUGCGAAGAAGCCCGCGUCAUGGAAGGAAGCAGCCUCCUGCCGGGACGACCGUGGAGGAGCCACGAGAAAACACCAAUGAUGAAUCAUGGGCACGCAGUGUAGAUCAAAAGACUAUGCUGCUUCUCGCCGAUGAAGGGACCGACUUGAGGGAUGUUGGAGGCAAGAGCAUCGAUGCAGAGCUCAUGGCUGCUGCCUUGGCACACAUCAAAGAAGAAGGCAAGGAGAAGCAUCGCUGCACCGUCACUCUCGCCGGCGGCACACAAUGCGGUAAGCUCUUCAAAGGUGCCGUCUUUGUUCAGAAGCACAUGCUCAACAAACAUCGCGCUUUCAUCCAAGAGACUGCCCAGGAAGCGCUGGACCAUGCUAGGUUCUUGAACAACUAUGUUCGCGACCCUUGCCGCGCUACGAGCCAGCUUGGACUCAAUCCUGCCACAAAGGGUGAUGCUGGAGGCACACUGUUGGCUCAUCGUCUGGAUGGUAAUGGCGUUCGUUUCAACAGUGGUGGAAGGAUGGGUAUGAUCAGGUUUGGCAAUGCUAGUGUAGUUGACUCACCACGAAGAGGUGGUUUAGUUGGAGGUGCUACUGCAACGUCCUCAUUGAGUAUGAGAUUAGGUGCAGUCUUAGCAGCAAAUGAUUCAUCUGCUACAUCUAUCAAACUCGACCCUCUUCCGCCUGCGCCUAAACCUCUGGAUCCGAGAGCACAACGUGCAGCUCCCAAGUCUUAUCAAGACCUCGAUGGUGCUGCUGAGGGUGAUGUUGAUCUGGCCUACUAA